UUUUUUUUCUUUUAAAAGGUUAAUUUAGGUUGCAUUGUAAUAAUAUAGACUUGAUAAGAAUGAUGUCGGUUAGUUCUAGGGUAUAUAGUGUAUCCAGGGUAUAUUCAGAUGUGAAUAAGAUCAAAAGCAGUGAAUAUUGGGACUAUGAGAACCACCAGAUUGAAUGGGGGGAGAUUAAGAAUUAUGAAAUCAUUAGUAAGAUUGGUAGAGGGAAGUAUAGUGAAGUGUUUCAAGGGAUUAACAUUAUAAAUGAAGAGCCAUGUGUGAUUAAGGUGUUGAAGCCGGUUAAGAUGAAGAAGAUUUUCCGAGAAGUGAAGAUAUUGAAAAACUUGACCGGAGGACCCAACGUUAUUGGGUUAUUGGAUAUUGUUAAAGACGAACAGAGUAAGAUUCCAGCAUUAAUAUUUGAACGAAUCAAUAAUCUUGAUUUUAGAGUGUUGUAUCCUAAAUUCGGUAUUAAAGAUAUUCAGUAUUAUUUUAAUGAAUUAUUAAUUGCAUUAGAUUAUUCUCAUUCCAUGGGGAUAAUCCAUCGGGAUGUUAAACCACAAAAUAUUAUGAUUGACCCUCAUAAUAAAAAAUUGAGAUUAAUCGAUUGGGGGUUGGCUGAGUUCUACCAUGCCGGGGUCGACUAUAAUGUCAGAGUUGCUUCAAGAUACCAUAAAGGUCCGGAAUUAUUAAUUAACUUACAGCAAUAUGAUUAUUCUUUGGAUUUAUGGUCGGUUGGCUGCAUGUUAGCGGCAAUCAUCUUCAAAAAAGAACCGUUCUUUAGAGGCGAUUCAAAUAAUGACCAAUUGGUCCAAAUUGCAAAAGUCUUGGGUACCAAAAAAUUAUUUGACUAUAUCAAUAAAUACGGGAUCAACUUGAGUGACGAAUACGACUCCAUCUUGGGGGAUUAUGAUCCUAAGCCGUGGUCCUCCUUCAUAACCAACGAAAACCAACAUUUAAUCAGUAAUGAAGUCAUUGACUUGAUUGAUAAAUUAUUAACCUACGAUCACCAAUUAAGACCAACCGCAAAAGAGGCCAUGGAUCACCCUUUCUUCAAAAUUUAAAUAGAGCUCUAAUAUACUAAUACCACUUGUAUCCGCUUACUUUUGUAUCCGCUUACUUCUGUAUCCGCUUACUUCUGUAUCCGCUUACUUCUGUAUACCUUACUUCUGU